AUGGGAUCCGUCAGCAAAACCGGAACUCCUUACCCUCCCGGUAUUCACGUCCCCAGCUUGACCUGGUUCAAGUCAGACGAAACCCAAUCCAUCGACUGGGACAUUCAGCAAAAACAUCUCGAGUUUCUAAUCAGCAGCGGCCUACCGGGUGUCGUCAUCUGCGGCACAAACGGUGAAGCUGCAGCAGUCACAACCCAAGAGAAAGCAAAGCUUAUAAGCCUCGCGCGCUCAGUUGCGCAGAACCUCGGGCGACCAGAGCUCACAAUUACAUGCGGCACAUUCGGUGCUUGCACACAGGCGAUUAUUGAGGAUACCAAAGUAGCUGCAGAAGCUGGUGCGGACUUUGCGCUUGUUUUGGUGCCUUCAUUUUUCCACUUUGCGAUUGAUCAGGAUGCCAUUAUCGGCUUCUUUCAGGAGGUUGCUUCUGCUUCUCCUAUCCCCAUUGUUAUCUAUAACUUCCCCGGAGUAGUGAGCGGAUUGAAUGUGAACUCCGAGAUGCUGCAAAUUCUGGGUGACCACCCCAAUAUUGUCGCUGUCAAGCUUACCUGCGGUACUAUUGCGUCCGUGGCGCGAACAGCGGCCAAAUUCGGUCCCGGUCUGGACUUGAAAGAUAAUAAAUACGCUGGACAGCCUCAAUUUGUCGCUCUUGCCGGUCAGAGUGACUGGCUGGUACCUGCCUUGAGUGUUGGUGGCACUGGCUGUGUCACUGGUAUGGCAAACUUGUACCCCAAGACAUGCAUCGAAAUAUUCAACCUCUAUGUCGCCGGCAAAAUAGCCGAAGCUGAAGAACUCCAGAUCAAGCUCGCCAGCGUCGAAUGGGGCUUUGGAAAGGGAGGUAUCAAUGGCACAAAAUGGGUUGUCGGAAAAUUCCUUGGAUACCCAGAGGAGAGCACAUGGUGUCGACGACCGUAUCCCAAGUUCAUGGAUAAAGGAAAACGGGAAUGGAUUGAGACCACCGUGAAACCACUUCAAGAGAUUGAAGUCGCUCUUGUGAAGAGGCGCUGA